CAUCAAGUGUCCCUGCACGCCCAUGGAGAAACUGCGAUUGUCAGCAAUGACAGAGGAAUCUUACGUUAAUGUUUUGUUUGUUUUUCUAUAUACUUUGAAAGGUUUGUAACGGUCUGGCUCACCUGAUGGUAACCAGAGCAGAUGGCAGGUUUCAGUUGGGUGAGCCUGGGAAGUCACAUGGUCAUUGGAGUAGGCGACUGCUGUGAGGCUGCAGCAGGACUAUGCAAAAGCGACUGAACCAAUUUGCUCUGAACUUGGUGGAGGGAUGGGGCAUGGGCCAGACAACAACGCAAAAAAUUUUGGCCCAGAUCUGGUUAAAAGGUUUGGCUGUCAGGUGUGUCGGUGGAUGGCAUCAGAGGUCAGCAAACUGGAGCCAGACCUGAGAGCCAGCGGUGUAGCGCUGGUGGGCGUCGGACCAGAGGAAGUGGGGCUGCAGGAGUUCAAGGAGAGAGGGUUUUUUAAAGGAUCCAUUUAUGUGGAUGAACCAAAGAAAACCUACAAGGAUUUGGGCUUCAAAAGGUACACAGCCUUAAGCGUGGUUCCUGCUGCUCUGGGGAAGAAAGUACGAGAUGUAGCUGCAAAGGCCAAUGCUGAAGGAAUCCAGGGAAACUUCUCAGGCGAUCUGCUGCAGAGUGGAGGCAUGCUCAUUGUGGCCAAAGGUGGAGAAAAGGUCCUACUGCACUUCAUCCAGGAUUCACCUGGAGACCACGUACCUCUGGAGGAUAUUUCCAAGGCUUUGGGUAUCUCAGCCAAAGUAACAGCAGGAGAGAGGCCAGUGUACUCGCACUGCAAAAUUUUUGAUCAACUGGAGGCUUUUCAGAGUUACUGGGACAUCCUGAUUAAAGGAAUUACAGUAGUCCAGUCUAGAGGUGGAAGAAGGCUGUCCUUGAAGCUUUUUUUGUGUGAUGCAAAGGACAUAUCCUGGUCAAAAAUUACCCCAAGGUUCUUUACAGUAGAGCUGGAGGCCAAGAGUAAUUGUUACCAUGAACAAACUGGAAUAUAUCCAAUAAAUGACUUAAAUCAGCCUAGUGCUGUUCUUUUAAUCCAAGUGACAUGUUCCAGUCUCUGCAAUAAAAUCUUGUGUUCGAUGUUGUCAAAUGCUGCACUGAGAUCUAGUAGGACAAGUAUAGACAAGUCCAUUGAGGCUAUGAGAAGAUCGUUGGUAACUAUCACCAGUGCUGUUUCUGUGCUAUGAUUUACUAUAAAUCCUGACUGAAAAUAUUGAAAAAUACCAUUCCUAUGCAAAUAAUCAAAACAAUCGGUUUGCAACAGCUUUUUCAAGAAUUUUAGAAAUAAAAGGAAAGUUAGCUAUAGGUCUUUGGUAGGCUAAAAUAUCUGGAUACAGAGUAGGCUUUUUAUGUAGCGGUUUAAUUAGUGCAACCUUGAAAGCCUGCGAUACGUAGCCUGUUAAUAAAAUGAUCAGAUCUAAUAUGUAAGUGUUAAUUAAAGGUAAAGCAUCCUUGAACAGCCUGGUUACAGUAGGGUCUAAAAGACAAGUUGAUGGUUUAGAAGAAGAAACUGUUAAGUUAGCUCAAAGAGAUCUAUAGGAGAGAAGCAGUCUAAAUACAAAUCAGCCAUCAGUCAAUUCUAAGGCCACUUUACUGGACUGUACAUCUGUGCUGGUUGU